AUGGAGCACCUGGCCGAGGUGAAUAGCGACAUCGCGUCCAGCAUCGCCCGCAUUCUGCGGCGUCAUGUGGCACAGGUGCGGGCGCUGCGGGAGGAGGAGGUUGCCUGCAAUGCCCGUGCCGAGGUGCUGGAGCGCCUGACGGAGCGUCUCUUGCGCGGAGAACUUCCCUCCUCUCUGUAUGCCUCUUUCUUGGCUGCACCGCAGCCCGAGGGCGAAGAGAGGCGGAAGGAGGAUGUGGAGGAGUUGGCGGAUGCGUCCCCUGCGCCGCCGUUAGUGGCUCUGCAUGACUCCGAUUCGGCAGCAGAGGUGGAGCGGCCGCUCGUGACUACCCCUGCGGAGAGCUCGCAGAGUAGUUCCCCUGUGGCGCCUUCGCAGGAGGACGAGGGUGAGCGAAGCAGUUCUGCCACGCCGUCGCCCAUGCGACGUGAGUUGGAUGAGUUUUUCCCCGUCACUGCAGCCAAGCGCCCACGCCAGGCGUGCGUGGCAGAGGCGUCUUGUCAUCGCCGAAGGCGCGUAGAGGUGCACACUACCAGUGCAGGGGAUGAAGGCGUUAUUACCGCCACAGACAUCCUGGCGGCCAUACCGUGUCUUUCCUCGAAGGCGGUGCCACCCGCCGCGCGCGUAGGUGCCGUUGCGUGUGAAGACAAACCACGUGGUUGUGUGCGCAGCUACGACCGACGUCAGCUUGAUUAUGCGGCAGAUGCCGCGAUGUACGCGAGGGCCGGCGAGGGUGCCCACGAUGCGUGUACACCGUCGGUGUACUGGGAGAUUGCGUUCCCCCAGGUCCCCAAUGCGCAUGACUUUGCUGCGAACGAGCAAGGGGGAUAG